AUGCUGCUCUGGAGGAGGAAUUUGAAGAUUAAUCAUUUUUCGUAUUCAAAAGGUCUCUCGUUUCCGCUUCUGUACCUGAUCAUUGGCUUUCUUGUGGUCUUGGUCUUGCCACUGCUGAUCAUCUAUCACGUGGACCAGGUCAAUUCCUCGAUAACGACCGAUUUCGUCGCUCCGGAACUUCAGCACUCCAAAGAAUCAGUCCUCCUUCUUCACACUUUUUCAGGAGAAAGUGUAAUCUAUUCCCCUGGCGUCGCAGACUUGGCUGAUUUGAGUGACAGAGCUCUUUGCUCAACCACCAUCCAGCCUGAUUACAGCUACCUCUCCAGAAUUAAGGUCUCCUACUCGUGCUCAGUCGGAGAUGUGAUCGGUUUCGAGCUGUACAGCUACCUGAAAAUGAAAAUGCCUGGCUUCUCAAAAGAGAGCGAAUUUAUCAAUCAACUUAUUCUUACGUCUGACUAUUCAAACAACCCGUCGAUAAGUGCCGAAACGAAUUCUCACAUUCGCCUAAACCAAUUCGCCACUUCAAGAGAACAUCCAAAUAGCGCCCUGCUGCCUGCCAAAGGAGUAAACAUCUCGCCUGCUUUUCUCCCAUCCGUUUCUCCUUCUCUUUGGAACGGAGAAGAAGCGUUGAAGAAUCAAACAAGGAGAAACAUCAGAUUCGACGAGUCACAUCAUCAAACCCGCUGGACUGCUGGCUCAGACGGCUCUUUUCAGCUUACAAUGAAUUAUGAAUUGGCCACCAUGUCCGUCCAGCGCGAAGCCAGUACUUGGAGCUCGAUUAAAUAUAGAUUUAUUCAAUACAUGGCGUUUUUCACAGUUUUCGCCUUCGUCUUCGACAAGCUCAACGACUUCCUCUUCCAAUGCGGCGUAUUUGCCAGCUUUUCGAAAUUGGAGAAAAUCAACCAAUUCAAGAAGGAUUGA